UUCAGUUAAAAAAACCUUUCCGGGUAUAGAUCUAAUAUAUAUGCGUGCGUACGCGAUCACUUCAUAGACUUCUGUCUGUCAAGAGAACAGGGCACAGCCAACUUCGUGUUUUUAAAAUGAGAUGUCAGGAGAGCUGAACUGGAAAACUGCAUGUGUGUAAUUGUGAUAAAGGUACAGUAAAUUAAAAAAAAAAAGUUUUAUAAAUGUAAAAUAAUAUACGUAAAAAAUAAUUUUAGAGGUUUUCACCAAAGGUGCAGUAGCAGGAACGAAGGAAAGUGUAAAAUAAAUCUGGUGACAAACCCGUGUUCCCUCGUACAGGAAAAACGUCUUCACUCUUCCACAUCAUCACAGCGACCAGGAAGAUUGUCGGAGUACAGUGCCGAGUAGUGCCGACGGCCGGACUUGGAGCUGGCGUCAUUGCUUGGAAGAAACCCGGUGUGUCGAGUGCGCUCUGCGAUUUUUUUUAUUCCCCGGGAAUUCUUUCAAUCAUCGAGGAUAGAUGUCACCGUGUGAGAGUCAGGCGCCUUGCAACAAUAAAUGGCAAUGAUGAUAAUACUGAUAGAUCUAUUUUUCAAUCAGCGAUUUCUACAAAUAAAAGAAAAACAAUAAUAUUCAACAAACGUAAACAAUCAAACUGCAAAACAAAUUAAGAUGUAUAACUAAAAAGAGCGGCAACGUUUUCUAAGAACUCGAACAAGGAGGUUGUGUAAAAUAAAGUUAAUGAUCAGAUUUUGAGACUGCGCAAGUCUACACUAGCCUAAUGACCGGAAGAAACAGACCGAGAGAAAACAAACCAACAACCUAAAAAUGCUAUAUAUUUUUUUAAUGCACAAAAUACCCCAUAAGUGACCCAUCAACUUACCAUAAACAAAACUCAGGCAAUAGCUACAGUGAAAUAUGAAGUGUGAGGCUUUUCAGAGGCAAAUGAUGUGCAACAAAAUGACCAAGGCAAAAAGUAAAAAGUCGAAUGCUCUCGAGGACGAAAAUUACGCCUUCUUCACUUAUUCCUUGCCUCUCAUUUUGGCGUGCCUUUGCUAUCUCAACGGGUACGCUGGUGAUUUUGUUCAUGACGAUGUGUUCGCGAUUAAAAACAACAAAGACGUCACUGGCGAGACGUUCAUUUUGGAUUUAUUCAAGAACGAUUUCUGGGGGCGGCGGAUGAACGACAGCAACAGUCAUAAGUCUUACAGGCCUCUCACAACGCUUUCUUUCCGCUGUGUCCGCCCGCCAGAUUCCCCCGGCAGAGACAUCAACGACAACUGUCUGGUGACGGACGCACCCGGUCUAACCCCAGCCUGGCCCCACACGGGUAUUUUGGUGACGUCACUGGGGUUGUCUGUGGUGGCCACGCUGUGUAAGGAGACGGGGGCCUCUGUGCUGGGUGUGUGUCUAAUCUAUGACGUCAUAGCACACAGGAGACAGAUCUUGGUGGCCUUCAAAAAAGGAACUCUGUCAGCCAACCUGUUCCCAUGCCUGACUCGGUGUUUUUCUCUCUGUCUUACUGCUGGAGCCCUUGUCCUCUUCAGGUUAUGGAUGAACAAUUUUGAGUCUCCAAAUUUCCUGGAGGAAGAUAACCCUGCGUCGUUUUCUCCAUCAUUCGUGACCAGAGCUUUGACCUUGACCUACCUGCUGCCCUUCAACCUCUGGCUGCUGCUAUGCCCCGCCCAUCUCAGCUAUGAUUGGCAGGGCGGGAGUAUCCCGCUCUUGGAGUCUGUGACAGACUCUCGCAAUCUGGUGACCUUGACCUUCUGUGUCGGCGCCGUCUGUCUGGCCCGGAAGUGCUGGCGGGAUCUCUGGGAGAAC